AUGGAGAGAGUGCAUCAAGAGAUGAAAACUCCCAGUAGGUUCACAUUUGAUGCCGCACAAGAGCAUGUCUACACGUUGUUGCUGAAGAAAGACUGUUAUCCUAGGUUCAUUCGGUCCGAGUACUACAAAAAUCUAUUGGCUACGGGUAUACAGCCAUCACAAAAGAAAAGGUACGCAUCAAAUUAA